ACUUCUCUCAAAUUAUCACUUCAUCUUCUUCUUUAUUUUAAUUUUAUAUUACUCAUAAUAGAUUUAUUUUAUUUUUACCAAACACAUAAUAAGAGGAAAGAGAUAGAAAUAAGCGAGGAACAUUUGCGGUGCUAAGCAAGAAAACAGACAUCAACCAUGAAACUUAGAGUGAGAUCCAUUGAAUCCAAACAGACCAUCAGAAUCGAGCUCCCUAAUGCCUCUUCUCUUCUCCAACUCAAGGACGCCAUUGCUCAAUCGAUUUCCUCAACAACCUCUUCUUCGUCUCUCCGCCUCUCCCUCAACAGGAACGAUGAGCUCUUCGCUUCUUCUCCUCACGAUUCGCUCCAUUCCCUAGGUAUCGCAUCUGGUGACCUAAUUUUCUAUUCUAUUGUCUCUGAAACACCACUGCCUAAUUCGGAGUCUCCUGUGGCAAUGGAGACCCGAAGCGAUCUCGAUGUUGGUCACGACGGUACCCUAGGAGGUCCGACUCCCCUGAAUCAGGAGGCCCAGGUGAGUAAUCUCGAUACUCUUGCUGAUGAAACCGAUAAGGUAAAUGAAGAGGGUUCGAAUUUGCAGUUGGAUGGAGGAGAAGACAGUUUCGGGGCUGAGGAUAUGGAAAUUGAGGACGAGUCUGACGGUAGCGUGGGGAGUAAGUUCCCAGAGUCAUGUUUCGUAAGGAGGAUGAAGAGAGUUUUGAACCAAGGGUUAGGGGAAGAUGGUCAUGACCACAAGCUAAUGGUAGUGGCGGUUCAUUCAGUUCUUUUAGAAUCUGGUUUUGUUGGGUUCGACUUGGUUUCUGGGACGCCUGUUAAUAAAUUUUCUGGUCUUGAAAAUUGGAAACCUUCCAUGGCAUUUUCACCUCAGUUUCACUAUACCCUGCCUGAGAUUCUGGGAAAAAAUGAAGACUCUACUUCACAAGUAAUUGAAAGAGUUUGUUUAAAGUUUCAGAUUAUGGGUCGUUUUGUAAUUGUAUUUGGAUCAUUAUCUAGUGGUGGUUCAGGGUCAGGAACUUACCGGUUAUGUUUGGAUGAACACAAAUUCGUGCCGAGUAUUGGGGCACUAUCCCCCGAUGGUGAUUCUGAAAGAAAAGUUUACGAAUUUUGGAAAAUUGUUAAGGACAAGCUUGUAUCACCCCUGUUGAUUGAUCUUUGCGCAAAAGCAGGGUUGCCCUCACCACCAUGUUUCAUGCGUCUCCCGUCUGAACUUCAGAUGAAAAUUUUGGAAUUGCUUCCGGCUGCCGAAAUCGCCAAAAUGGGUUGUGUAAGCAAGGAACUGCAGUACUUGUCAAGCAACAAUGAUUUGUGGAAGAUUAAGUUUAAGGAGGAGUUUGGAAAUGAGAGAGAAGCCUUUGAUUGGAAGAGUGCUUUUGCCCAUGAGAGACGGAAGAAAAAAGAGAGGAGGAGAGUGACUUCCCUUUUGGUUAGGAGGAGAGAUCCUAACCCUUACCCGUUCGUUGGUGGAGAUUAUGACCGUUUCCCGGCUCUAGCUUGGCCUCCCGGCCCUCAUCGUCCUUUUUUUGGGAGAUCAGGUGGAAUUCCCCCCAGGCGGAGGAACUUUUCGCCGAAUUGCAAUUUGGGAGGAUUCUUGGGCUAAGCUAGUUCGCUUUGAGUUUCAUCUCCUCAUGGACUGUUUAUACAUUUUGUUCCUCUGUUCAAUAGUUAGGAUUAAUCAGACGUUUCUGGGUUGAACAAAAGAACUAGUUGCUUUUCGUUUGUUUGUUUACUUUUGUCUAUAUAUCUAUAUAUAAAAGGGUGUUUUUGUUGCAAGCUCUUGCUCAAAUAAAAGUUGUAGCAAAGGUUUUACUUUGUGGAUAGUUUUUUGUUUUCUUUCA